GAGCGCGCGGCGGCCACUGCGCGUCCAGGAGGAGCUCCAGUCCCGAGCAGCUGCGGGAGCGCGCCGGAGCCCACAUACAUGCCUGCAUCUCCGCCGCGUGGAGCCGCACACAGGGUCGAUCAGGGGGAGCUCGGAGAACAGGAUCUGACUGCAGAGUCACUGACAACAUCAGGUGGCCACAUUGCUCUGGUAAAUCCCAGGUAAGAUGUCUCAUCGGAGUGGGCAAGAGGACCCAGAGCGGUACCUGUUUGUGGACCGGGCUGUCGUUUACAACCCGGCCACGCAGGCCGACUGGACAGCCAAAAAGCUGGUGUGGGUCCCGUCGGAGCGCCAUGGCUUUGAGGCCGCCAGCAUCCGGGAGGAGCGCGGGGAAGAGGUUCUCGUGGAGCUGGCAGAGAACGGAAAAAAGGUGGUGAUCAACAAGGACGACAUCCAGAAGAUGAACCCACCCAAGUUUAGCAAGGUGGAAGACAUGGCUGAACUCACGUGUCUGAACGAGGCGUCUGUGCUGCACAACCUGAAGGACCGCUAUUACUCUGGACUCAUCUACACAUACUCUGGCCUUUUCUGUGUGGUCAUCAAUCCCUACAAGAAUCUGCCCAUCUAUUCAGAGAACAUCAUUGAGAUGUACAGAGGGAAGAAGAGGCAUGAGAUGCCUCCACACAUUUAUGCCAUCUCUGAGGCAGCAUACCGCUGCAUGCUUCAAGAUCGUGAGGACCAAUCAAUCCUUUGCACAGGUGAAUCAGGAGCUGGGAAGACUGAGAAUACGAAGAAGGUCAUUCAGUACCUGGCCCAUGUUGCCUCGUCACACAAAGGACGCAAAGACCACAUUCCUCCUGAAUCUCCCAAAGCAUUCAAGCUCCAGGGCGAGUUGGAACGCCAGCUCCUGCAAGCCAACCCCAUUCUUGAGUCAUUUGGCAACGCCAAGACAGUGAAGAAUGAUAACUCGUCUCGCUUUGGGAAGUUCAUCAGAGUCAACUUUGACGUGACAGGAUACAUUGUCGGAGCCAAUAUUGAAACCUAUCUCCUGGAGAAGUCGAGGGCCAUCAGACAGGCCAAAGAUGAGAGGACUUUCCAUGUUUUCUACCGGCUGCUGGCGGGAGCGGGAGAGCAUCUUCGGACGGACCUGCUCCUCGAGGGCUUCAACAACUACCGUUUCUUGUCAAACGGCAACAUUCCCAUCCCAGGCCAGCAGGACAAGGAUAAUUUCCAGGAAACGAUGGACGCUAUGCACAUCAUGGGCUUCUCCCAUGAAGAGAUUGUCUGCAUGUUGAAGGUGGUCUCCUCGGUGAUGCAGUUCGGCAAUGUCGUCUUUAAAAAGGAGAGAAACACGGAUCAAGCCUCCAUGCCUGAGAACACAGCGGCACAGAAGCUCUGCCACCUGCUUGGGAUGAACGUGAUGGAGUUUACUCGGGCGAUCCUGACCCCGCGGAUCAAAGUGGGGCGAGACUACGUUCAGAAGGCACAGACCAAAGAACAGGCUGACUUUGCCAUUGAAGCGCUGGCCAAAGCCACGUAUGAGCGUCUGUUCCGCUGGCUGGUCCAUCGCAUCAACAAGGCCCUGGACAGGACCAAACGGCAGGGGGCCUCCUUCAUCGGGAUCCUGGAUAUCGCCGGCUUUGAGAUCUUUGAGCUGAACUCCUUUGAGCAGCUGUGCAUCAACUACACCAACGAGAAGCUGCAGCAGCUCUUCAACCACACCAUGUUCAUCCUGGAGCAGGAGGAGUACCAGAGGGAGGGCAUCGAGUGGAGCUUCAUCGACUUCGGCCUGGACCUGCAGCCCUGCAUCGACCUCAUCGAGAGGCCGAACAAUCCUCCAGGAAUCCUGGCUCUGCUGGAUGAGGAGUGCUGGUUUCCCAAGGCCACAGACAAAACAUUUGUUGACAAAGUGCUGCAGGAACAGGGCACACACACCAAAUUUCAGAAACCACGGCAACUCAAGGACAAAGCUGACUUCUGCAUCAUGCACUACGCAGGACGGGUUGAUUAUAAAGCUGAUGAGUGGCUGAUGAAGAACAUGGAUCCUCUGAACGAUAAUGUGGCCACGCUGCUUCACCAGUCAACUGACAAGUUUGUGGCCGAGCUUUGGAAAGAUGUUGAUCGGAUCGUGGGUCUGGACCAGGUCGCGGGCAUGAACGAGACAACAUUCGGAGCCGCCUACAAGACCAAGAAGGGCAUGUUCCGCACCGUGGGACAGCUGUACAAGGAGCAGCUGUCCAAGCUGAUGGCCACGCUCAGGAACACCAACCCCAACUUCGUCCGCUGCAUCAUCCCCAACCACGAAAAAAGAGCGGGUAAACUGGACCCCCACCUGGUCCUGGACCAGCUGAGGUGUAACGGUGUGCUGGAGGGGAUCCGUAUCUGCAGACAGGGAUUUCCCAACCGCAUCGUCUUCCAGGAGUUCAGACAGAGAUAUGAAAUCCUGACUCCGAACGCCAUUCCCAAGGGCUUCAUGGACGGCAAGCAGGCCUGCGAGAGAAUGAUUCAAGCACUGGAGCUGGACGGAAACCUCUUCCGUAUCGGUCAGAGUAAGAUCUUCUUCAGGGCCGGAGUCCUGGCCCACUUGGAGGAAGAGAGGGACCUGAAGAUCACCGACAUCAUCAUCUACUUCCAGGCCGUCUGUCGGGGAUAUCUGGCACGCAAGGCAUUUGCUAAGAAGCAGCAGCAGCUCAGCGCUCUGAAGGUCCUCCAGAGAAACUGUGCUGCCUAUCUGAAGCUGCGUCACUGGCAGUGGUGGAGGCUCUUCACAAAGGUGAAGCCCCUGCUGCAGGUGACCAGGCAGGAGGAGGAGAUGCAGGCUAAAGAUGAAGAGCUGGUCAAGGUGAAGGAGAAGCAGACGAAGGUGGAGGGAGAACUGGUGGAGAUGGAGAGGAAACAUCAGCAGUUAAUGGAGGAAAAGAACAUCCUGGCGGAGCAGCUGCAGGCCGAGACAGAACUGUUCGCAGAAGCCGAGGAGAUGAGAGCUCGCCUGGCGUCCAAAAAGCAAGAGCUGGAGGAAAUCCUCCACGACCUGGAGUCGAGGCUGGAGGAGGAGGAGGAGAGGAGCCAAGGCAUGCAGAACGAGAAGAAAAAGAUGCAGUCCCACAUCCAGGAUCUGGAAGAACAGUUGGAUGAGGAGGAAGCUGGCAGGCAGAAGCUGCAGCUCGAGAAGGUCACAGCUGAAGCAAAAAUGAAGAAGUUCGAAGAGGAUAUUUUGCUACUAGAGGACCAGAACUCCAAGUUCCUGAAGGAAAAGAAGCUGCUUGAAGACAGAAUCAAUGAGAUGACGGUGAUGUUAGCUGAAGAGGAGGAGAAGGCCAAAAACCUGGGGAAGGUCAAGAACAAACAGGAAAUGAUGAUGGUCGACUUGGAAGAGAGACUGAAGAAAGAGGAGAAAACCCGCCAGGAGCUAGAAAAGGCUAAGAGGAAGCUGGAUGGAGAAACAUCGGACUUCCAGGACCAAAUAGGAGAACUGCACUCUCAGAUAGAGGAGUUUAAAUCUCAGAUGAGCAAGAAGGAAGACGAGCAGCAGAUGAUGCAGGCUCGAGGAGAGGACGAGGUGACCCAGAAGAACAACGCCCUGAAGCAGGUGAGGGAGCUGCAGGCCCAGCUCUCCGAGCUGCAGGAGGACCUGGAGUCAGAGAAGCAGUCCAGGAACAAGGCGGAGAAGCUCAAGAGGGACCUGAGUGAGGAGCUGGAGGCGUUAAAGACAGAGCUGGAGGACACGCUGGAUACCACCGCAGCCCAGCAGGAGCUCAGAACCAAGCGUGAGCAGGAGGUUACAGAGCUGAAGAAGGCCAUCGACGAGGAGACUAAAACCCACGAGGCUCAGAUCCAGGACAUGAGACAGAGACAUGGGACUGCUUUGGAAGAGUUGUCUGAACAGCUCGAGCAAGCAAAGAGGUUCAAGGCUAACCUUGAAAAGACCAAGCAGAGCCAGGAGAGCGCCAACAAGGAGCUGGCCAGCGAGGUGAAGAGCCUGCAGCAGGCCAAGACGGAGUCUGAGCACAAGAGGAAGAAGCUGGAGGCUCAGCUGCAGGAGUUCAUGGCCAGGGUGACGGAGGGGGAGAGAGCCAAGGGAGAACUGGCCGACCGCUCACACAAGAUCCAGACUGAGUUGGACAACGUGUCCUCCAUGCUGGAAGACGCAGAGAGGAAGGGCAUCAAGACGGCCAAAGAUGUUGCUGGAUUAGAAAGUCAGCUGCAAGACACACAGGAGCUGCUCCAGGAGGAGACCCGCCAGAAACUGAACCUCAGCAGUCGAAUCCGCCAGCUGGAGGAGGACAAGAAUGCUCUGCAGGAGCAGCAGGAGGAGGAUGAGGAGGCACGCAAGAAUCAGGAGAAGCAGCUGGUGACCCUGCAGGCUCAGCUGUCAGAGAGCAAGAAGAAGCUGGAGGAUGAUGUUGGAACAAUAGAAGGCCUGGAAGAAGUGAAGAAGAAGCUGCAGAAGGACCUGGAGCUGUCCGGCCAGCGUCUGGAGGAGAAGACCAUCGCCUUCGAGAAGAUGGAGAAGACAAAGACCCGUCUGCAGCAGGAGCUGGAUGAUCUGACUGUUGACUUGGAUCACCAGAGGCAGAUCGUCUCCAGCUUAGAGAAAAAACAGAAGAAGUUUGACCAGAUGCUGGCUGAGGAGAAGAGCAUCUCAGCUCGAUACGCGGAGGAGCGAGAUCGCGCCGAAGCCGAGGCCAGAGAGAAGGAUACCAAAGCUCUGUCCAUGACCAGAGCUCUGGACGAGGCGCUGGAGGCCAAGGAGGAGCUGGAGAGGACCAACAAGCAGCUCCGUGCCGAGAUGGAAGAUCUGAUGAGCUCAAAGGACGACGUGGGCAAGAAUGUCCAUGAGCUGGAGAAGUCUAAGCGUACUCUGGAGCAGCAGGUGGAGGAGAUGAAGACUCAGCUGGAGGAGCUGGAGGACGAGCUGCAGGCCACCGAGGACGCCAAGCUGCGUCUGGAGGUCAACAUGCAGGCCAUGAAGGCCCAGUAUGAGAGAGACCUCCAGGGCCGGGACGACCAGAACGACGAGAAGAAGAGAUCGCUGGUCAAGCAGGUGCGAGAAAUGGAGGCGGAGUUGGAGGACGAGCGGAAGCAGAGGGGCUUGGCCGUCGCUGCUAAAAAGAAGCUGGAGAUGGACUUGAAGGACAUCGAAUGUCACAUAGAAGGAGCCAACAAGGCUCGAGACGAGGCCAUCAAACAGCUGCGCAAGUUACAGGCCCAACUGAAGGACUAUCAGAGGGAGCUGGAGGACACCCGCGCUUCCAGGGACGACAUUUUUGCCAUUUCGAAGGAGAAUGAGAAGAAACUGAAGAGUCUGGAGGCCGAGAUCGUGCAGCUACAUGAGGACCUGGCAGCGUCUGAGAGAGGCCGGCGCCACGCUGAGCAAGAACGAGACGAGCUGCAGGAUGAAAUCUCAAACAGCACUUCUGGAAAGGCUGCUCUGAUGGACGAGAAGAGGAGGCUGGAGGCUCGCAUCGCCCAGCUGGAGGAGGAGCUGGAGGAGGAGCAGGGCAACAUGGAGCUGGUCAACGACCGCCUCAGGAAGACCAACAUGCAGAUGGACACCCUGACCACGGAGCUGAGUGCAGAGCGCAGCUCGGCACAGAAGAGUGACAAUGCCCGCCAGCAGUCGGAGCGUCAGAACAAAGACCUGCGGUCCAAGCUGGCCGAGCUGGAGGGUUCUGUGAAGAGCAGGUUCAAGGCCUCCAUCGCCGCUCUGGAGGCCAAGAUCGGUCAGCUGGAGGAGCAGCUGGAGCAGGAGUCCAGGGAGCGAGCAGGAGCCAACAAGAUUGUGAGGAGGACCGAGAAGAAGCUAAAGGAAGUCUGCAUGCAGGUGGAGGAUGAGCGUCGCCAUGCCGACCAGUUCAAAGAGCAAGUGGAGAAGGCGUCGUCCCGCAUGAAGCAGCUGAAGCGUCAGCUGGAGGAGGCUGAGGAGGAGGGAACCAGGGCCAACGCCUCGCGCAGGAAGCUGCAGAGAGAGCUGGACGACGCCACCGAGGCCAGCGAGGGUCUGAGCCGGGAGGUGCACACGCUCAAGAACCGUCUCAGGCGCGGCGGGCCCAUCAGCUUCUCCUCCAGCCGCUCCGGCAGGCGUCCGUUGCAGGUGGAGGGAACGUCCUUGGACCUCCUGUCUGACGACGAGCUGGAGAACAAGAUCACCGACAACAACGCCAAUGAGACCCCUGCCCCCCAGCCGGAGUAGAGGAGCAGAGAACAGGAGCGCUCAGCCCCAGCAGACACCCCCGGACCCCUCCCGCUUCUCCCUUUCACCGAACUUCAUCCCUCGAACAGACCCGUCUCCUCCGACUACACGCAGCUGGAUCGCAGCCACGUCUCCCCUCCCCUCUCCACCCUAGCAGCCACCAGCACCCGGACUCCCAUCAAGCACCUCUCUGCCUUACCCCUCUGUGUCCAGCUUCAGGGCGCUUUAGAAAUGAGUAACCCUGCUCAUAGCGCAGCACGUGCAUGUGUGUGUGCGAGCGAUAAUUAUCCUCUGCUGGAGCUGCAGUCAGCCGGUUAAAACGCUUCCAAAUGCUACAACAAUAGCCCUGCAAUAUGAAAAGAGCAGAUUGGGAUGAAAGCAGACGAGUUUCUGACUAUUUUUCCAUCAAUCUACAAUAUCCCGUUUGUGCGUCAUAUGAAUCAGUUUAGUCGUGUUUGCUAAACAGUAACUGAAUAGUAUUUUUCCGGCCUCACGCUUGCAUAUGAAUCUAGUAAUGUGACUGUGAGCCGCCUCGUUGCCUCAGCGCUGCAGAGCGCCGCUCUCUUGACCAGUGUUGGUUUCUCUAAAGCUCGACUGAAGGGUCAGUGUUGACUUGUCAUUUUCCGGUGUGACUUCUGAAAUCAUUCUCCAGUUAAUUUGCUUUCCUUUUUCUCCUCCUGUGCCUUUCUUCUGCUCACUUUAAACCGAGAACCCAUUUAUACGCCGCAUUUAUUGUUCAUAUAUUGAAUCAUGCGUAAACUCGAAAUUAUAUUUUCAUUUAAAAGAUUAAACAUUUGCAUAUUUGAUGAGAUAUUAGAGGAAAGCUGAUGUUCUUUGAAAUGUGUGUCUUCCUCCAGCUUUUAUGUCGGCGUGAGAAUGGAAACGUCAGCAGGGCGGGAUUCUUUGUAGAUGGGUGCUAUGACUUUUCUUAUUGAUAACUUUUGUACUUUUUGAGUUGUUAAGAUUGAAAAUCCAAUCCAAUAGACGUCAAAUGUAUUUAUAUCUCUGCUAUUGUAUACAAUACAAACUCCAUAUCUGAAAAUCCUCAGUGUUGGCCAGUGAUCCUCUGUACCUCUGUCAUCAUCCUGACGUGUAGGAGUCUCUAGAUCUCUAACACAUUAAAGUCUACGGAGCCCUGUUCCCUCCACAGGUUCAUCGCUGAUGUCUUCAUUCUGAAGUUUCUGAAGAACAAAUCUAAAUUAAAGCUUUUUUUUUUAUUAUUUCUUUUAACAUUAUUUUGGUCUUUUACC